UCAGCCGUUUCAAUCCAACCGAGCGGCUUUCAGUUUUCUUUCAGUCCGCUCGCAACGUUUGCUCGGUGAGCCCGCGUCGAUCGGAGAUCCGACCCUCGUCGAACGUGUCUUGUUUUGCGAUCUUCGUAUAUAAAUUGUUAGUUUUUGGAAUUUCAAAGCGCGAUUUUACUGGAUUUUCGUACAGUGCUUGCGUUGUGAUUCGAUUGUUACGAAUGCUGUAGAGUACUUUUUGAGUUUUUUUUUUUGGAUAUCCCGGAGCUGGUAGAUUCGAUUAAAGACAAUCGACAGAGGACCCUCGACCGCUUGUCAUUCAAAGAUGUGACGUACCGCAGGAGAGGACCCCCGGUAUCUAGCAAGGGUAGCUACGCAAGGGUAGUUUCGAUAUUGACAGGCCGAUAUCAUGAAGUGGCGCCUCCGCUUGACCGUCGUCCUCGUCGUCUCGACGGCGCUCGUCGACGUCGGGGUGCUCUGCAAUCAAGAUAGCGCUCUAUUGGAGGACCCAACGACGCCGAAACCGACGCCCGACCAGGAAGAGUCGCUGCUGCUCAACAGCGACCUGCCCAUCUUCCUGGCCGAGCCCCAGCACGCGUUCGUCGUGAAAAACCGGCCGGCCACGUUGCAAUGCCGCGCCGCCCACGCCCUCAGCCUCUACUUCAAGUGCAACGGCGCCAAGAAGGUGGAGACCGUCGAAAAUUGGUUCGUCGAUCCGCAGACGGGCGUCCGGAUCUUCGAGGCCGAGGCCAACGUCACCAGGGACAUGGUCGAGGAGUUCUUCGGCAAGGAUAAAUUCAAGUGCGAAUGCCACGCUUGGAGCGGCAGAGGAAGCAUCCGGAGCCAGCCCGCCACCGUCGAAGUUGCAUACCUGAAGAAGCAGUUCGAGGCGAACCCGGAGCCCGCCUACAUGGUGGAGCUGGGCCACCAGGUGGACCUGCGGUGCGUGCCGCCGACGGGCAUGCCGCCGCCGCGGGUUUAUUGGCUGCGCGGCGGGCAGGUCCUGCAAUCCGAUACCGACGUCCUGGUGACCAGCGAGGGGCACCUGCUGAUCGGCCAGGCCAGGCAGCAGGACACGGGGAAUUACACGUGCGUGGCCGAGAACAUCGCCGCGAAAAGAAUGGCUACCCCGUCGCAGAUCAUCGUGUUCGUAAACGGUGGUUGGUCCUCCUGGUCGGCUUGGGUGGACUGCCAUUGCCCGGGCGACACCCUGGUGGCGGGCAUGAUGAGCACCAGGACGUGCACCAACCCGCCCCCGAGCAACGGGGGCAAGGCGUGCCAAGGACUCGCCGUCCGAAGGACCAAGGACUGCGUUCCAUGUCCGCAAGAAGAGCUCGUAUUGGAUAACGCUUACGACUAUGAUACUAGCGAUAACGCAUACGUGGAACCGGCCCAUUGGUCUCCUUGGUCGGAAUGGUCCGAUUGCAAUCAAGACUGCACCAAAACGAGGAAAAGACAGUGCCUGCCCGGCUCGGAGGGCGGCAGGAAAACCUGCAACGGAAAGGAUUUCCAAACGACCAAAUGUCCAACGGACCAAUGCAAAACUGUAGAACUGACCAAAGUAGCAGGCGGUAAUUACGAGAAGACCCAAAACGAUUUGAACGUGGUGGUGAUUUGCCUGGCCGCCAUUUUCGGCAUCCUCCUGACCUCGGUGGUCGUGUAUUACUUCAUCAGGAAGCACAGGAAGAAGAAGAGGCAACACCAGAGCCUCUACAACAUGGCCUCGAACGAUUACCACCCGGAAUUUUUCUCCGAUCCCGACAAGAAAUCGCUCACCCUCCAGCCGGACGUCACCCAAACGAUACCGCCCUGCUACGAGUACCCCUACACCACGCCGGCCACGUCGGUCACGCGAUCCGUCUCCGAGCACCACUACGACGUGCCACACCUGACGUCCGGCAGCGACAUCCAGAUGUCGCCGGCCACCAGCUCCACCUUGGAGUCAUCCAGCGGCAAAAGGAGCCAGCUCAGCGGCUUCACCAAUAACUCUGAUUCAACCUACGAAGUAGCAACUGAUACGGUCACAUUACCAAUGGCGAAUCUACCAACAGCUUACGCUGUCACUCCUACUGCAUCUGGAAACUACACGAAAUCCACUUUAUCCGGAUCCGGCGGGUUUUUAAACCUACCCGACCUGCGAGUGACGCUUCUGGUGCCCGAAGGAGUUCUCCCCAAGAGCAGGAAGCAGGAGAUAUUCCUAUCUAUACUCAACGAAGAUGGCUUCAGGCCGAAGCUGUCCGAAGGUCUGACGCAACUGAGCCCGAUCGUUUCCUGCGGCCCCAACAUCGCCCUCAACAAGGGAGUCGUACUGAAGAUACCCCAUUGCGCCGAGAUCACUCGCAACAACUGGCAAAUCUCCAUACUGCAAAGCGAUUGCAGCAAUCCCCAGUGGCAGAACGCCGUCACUUUGGGCCAGGAAACUAUAAACACCAACGUGUUUUGCCAAUUGGAUAAAUACGACGCGUUCCUCAUCACCGAACAACUGGCCAGAUACGUGAUAGUAGGCAGAUCGGACCAACCCGGAUCUGCCAUUAAGAGACUCAAACUAGCCGUAUUCGGUCCGAAACUGUGCUUCCAAUCCUCCGGCGAUUACAGCUUAAGAGUGUAUGUACUCGAAGACACCAACUCAUCCAUGGACACGGUUUUCGGACAAGAGCAACGCCUCGGCGGCCAUCUCUUAGACGAGCCCAGGUGCAUCACUUUCCAAGACACCGGCAGCGAUUUAUGCCUGUCGCUAGACAACAUAAGCGACGGCUGGCGCGCCAAACCGUCCACCAACUACCAAGAGAUCCCCUUCAGGCACCUCUGGCAGGCGACCAGCAACAGCCUGCACUGCUCCUUCACCUUGGAGAGCCUCGAACCGGCCGGUUCGCUCGGCUUCCAGUUGCGCGUCAACCAGAAGGGCUUCGACUACAUCCAGGUGUUCGACGUGCGCUGCAAGGACGACGACGCGCCCAAGGGCGUCGACUACGCGAAGAGCGCCAAGCGCAGCGUCGUGGUGACCGACAGGGGGGUGGCGCUCUGCGAGGACCACAACAGGACGAGGCUGUCGAAGGCGCUGAAGCGGCAGCUGUGCCAGUGCCUGGACGCGCCGACGCAGCACGGGAACAACUGGCGCAUGCUGGCGCACAAGUUGAACGUGCACGGGUAUAUCAUCUACUUCGGAACGAAGGCGUCGCCGACCGAUUGGAUUUUGGACCUGUGGGAGGCGAGGAAUAGGGGCGGUAAGGCGCUGACGGAUCUCAGGCAGAUCCUGAUCGAUAUGGGACGAACCGAUGCUGUGACUAUUUUAGACAAUUCGUUCGCGACUAAUGAUUUUUGA